CUGCGUCUACUGAGAAGGAAGAGGACAGCGAAGACGAAGAGGACAGAACCGAGGACGACAAUGACGACAGCGAGGAGGCACUGGACGUCUUCGACGGCCUCUCUAGGGCUGAGCUUAUUCGUACCUUGGCCAUGUCGGCGGCCGCGGAGAUUGGUUAG